AUGUUUGUAUUAAAUUUUCAGUUAGCAUCUGUAUUUUGCUUGUAGUGAUGGAUAUUAUCCAUAUAUUCUAAUUUAAGUUCUAUUUUUCUCAUCUAAAAUUGACAACGAUCAAGGAAGAUCCCGUCCAUUCCACCAAUGACUGGUGGCCUUUUUGACACAGCCAAUCGCUUUGCAGCGCUUAUGCAUUUACUCGAAUUUAUCGUAGUCUCUCCGCCAAUGGUUGCUGAGUGGGCGGGGCCAGAAGGGCAGCUUCCUUGUUGUGUCCGGCUAAACAAACCAGUGAGCGAGAGCAGAAUGGCGGCCGCCGUCUGCGGUCCUCAAUCCGCCGGCAAACCGGGCAAAUCAGCUCGGGAGCACCGGCGCAAGACGAAGGAUUCCCGUCGGCGCCAAGCGGCACUUCUGUUCCUCAACAACAUUUCUCUCGACGGGCGUCCUUCGUGUCCGCUUGCGGGAGGAACAAGCGAACCUUCAGCCGGCGAGGAGCUGAGACACCGAGACUGCUCGGCCGUCGCGGCGCCGCCUCCGGAAAGAGAAGUCCCGGUGAAGGAGUCGGACGGUGGCCCUUCGUCCAGUUGCCCUCGAGUGACGAGUCCCCCCAGGCCUUCCUUGGUCAUGACCCCGGGAGCGGCGGCGUUGAGCAACGAGGUAUUUUUAGAAGGAGGCGCUGUGGCGGAACUCCCCGACACCCCGGUGUCUCCGCUGGCCGUCAGACACCAAUCCUGCUCCCGCAUCCGCUCCACUCCGGGACCUGCCCUCAGCCCGCUGGACUUGCGGCCAAGGACGAGGAACUUGUCGGGGUCACCGGGACCCCGGGUUCCGAAGAAGGUCCACUUCAUCAAGAGCAUGAGACAGUAUGACACUCGCGGCUGCAGGAUUCUGCUGAUUUGCUCCCGACGUUCUGUUUACGCUGCAUUCUCAGUGGUGCCAUACGGAGGCGCUGUUCAGUUCAGCGAUCACAAGUCGGAGCUGCGGCGCCUGUCAUCUGUGGUCACGGUCGACUUGCUGCCGUCACUGGAGGGGGUGGAGCUCAGCCCUUACGGCAAAACGGUGUCGUACGCACAGUUCCUGUUCCCCACCAACGCUCUGACCAGACUGAAGACGGAGAGCCUCACCUCUCAGACCUUGCCCUCCCGUUUCCGUGGCAACGUGCAGAAGACGCGUUUGAAUGCUGCAAGCACAGCGACGUCUGACUCGAGUAGGUGUGUACCUCCCGCAUGCUGCCGUUCAUCCACUCAGGCCUGUGCUGUGGCAGGUGUGGACGAGGGCGCUGACUACGACCCCGACCUGCUGAGUGACCCCCAGUGGCCCUGUGGACGACACAAGAGGGUCCUGGUCUUUCCCUCCUACCUGACGACGGUGGUGGAGUACGUGAAACCUUCAGACCUGAAGAAGCACAUGAAUGAGACCUUCAGGGAGAAGUUCCCUCACAUCCAGCUGACGCUCAGUAAGAUCCGCAGCCUAAAGAGGGAGAUGCGUUCCGUGUGCGAGGAGUGCAGCCUGCAGCCCGUCACCAUAGCGAUGGCUUUUGUCUACUUUGAGAAGCUGGUGCUGCAGGGUCGGCUCAACAAGCAGAACAGGAAGUUGGUGGCUGCGACCUGCGUCUUGCUCGCCGCCAAGAUCAGCAGCGACUUGCGGAAGCCUGAAGUCAAACAGCUGAUAGAUAAGCUGGAGGAGUGUUUCCGGAUUAACCGUCGGGAGCUGAUACCGCUGGAGUUCCCGGUGCUGGUGGCGCUGGAGAUGGGCCUGUAUCUGCCCGACAGCAAAGUCAUGCCACACUACCGGCGGCUGGUGCAGCAGGGUUAGGCCACGCCCCCCACCCCCAUGUUUGCCGUCCUGUGCGCGUGGUGACGCUGCUCUAUGUUAGAGAUCCUCCCUGGGCACAUUCCUGUGCUUUGAUUUUGUCAGACGUUGAACAUUUCACUGUGCACUGUGACUGAGGAACACAGACGCUGAAUGAUUUCUGUUAUUUAUGGCUGUCCACCUGUCGUGUUUGUGACGAUGCAGUUUCAAUUCUCACUGUGAAAGUUUGCUCAUUUCUCAGGUAUUUAUUUCUUUGUGAACCCAAAGACACAUGGUUUCGUUUUUAUUGUGCAAAAGUGCCUGACGUUGAUCGAGUUUCAGUCAUUGUGAAUGUGAUUAAAAUGUUUUUCA